AGGCGCGGCGAGGAGCGCCCCGGGGACGCGGCACCGCCGGUGCCCGGCGCCGCCGGCCGCCAUGGGGGAACAACCCAUCUUCAGCACCCGAGCUCACGUCUUCCAGAUUGACCCAAACACUAAGAAGAACUGGGUUCCCACCAGCAAGCAUGCUGUUACUGUGUCCUACUUCUAUGACAGCACAAGAAAUGUCUACAGGAUAAUCAGUUUGGAUGGCUCAAAGGCAAUAAUAAAUAGCACUAUCACCCCCAACAUGACAUUUACUAAAACAUCCCAGAAGUUUGGCCAGUGGGCAGACAGCAGGGCAAAUACAGUCUAUGGCUUGGGAUUUUCAUCUGAACAUCAUCUCUCAAAAUUUGCGGACAAAUUUCAGGAAUUCAAAGAAGCUGCACGACUAGCAAAGGAAAAAUCUCAAGAAAAGAUGGAGCUAACAAGUACACCCUCACAAGAAUCAGCUGGAGGGGAUAUUCAGUCUCCUUUAACACCAGAAAGUAUUAAUGGAACAGAUGAUGAGAGAGCAACGCCAGAAGUGACACAGAACUCAGAACCAAGGGCUGAACCAACCCAGAAUGCAUUGCCAUUUACACAUAGUUCGACAAUCAGCAAGCACUGGGAGGCAGAACUGGCCACACUCAAGGGUAAUAAUGCUAAGCUCACGGCAGCCCUGCUGGAAUCCACUGCCAAUGUAAAACAAUGGAAACAACAGCUUGCUGCGUAUCAGGAGGAAGCAGAACGUCUUCAUAAGCGGGUGACUGAGCUAGAGUGUGUGAGCAGUCAAGCCAAUGCAGUCCACACACACAAAACAGAAUUAAACCAGACAAUACAGGAAUUAGAAUCUACACUGAAGAAAAAGGAAGAGGAAAUAGAAAGAUUGAAACAAGAAAUUGACAAUGCCAGAGAGCUCCAGGCACAGAGGGAUUCUUUGACCCAGAAGUUACAGGAAGUAGAAAUUCGAAACAAAGACCUGGAAGGACAGCUGUCUGAUCUAGAGCAACGUCUGGAGAAAAGUCAGAAUGAGCAAGAAGCUUUUCGCAAUAACUUGAAGACACUUUUAGAAAUUCUUGAUGGAAAAAUAUUUGAACUAACAGAAUUACGAGAUAACUUGGCCAAGCUAAUAGAAUGCAGCUAAAGAAAACGGGAUUUCAGUGCCAAUCAGCUUAAAGAUGCACUGUCUCUCUUCAUAGGACUGUGUUGGGCUCUGCAUCAAAGUUGCACAAAAUUAGAAAAUGCCCCUCUAAGAGGGCUUAUUUUAAAUUUGAGUCAUAUUUGAGUGUAAAAUUUAGAACUCAGCUUGUAGCUAGUUGAAGAAAAACAACAACAAACAAAAAGACUUGAAUUACAAAUUACCUCUGUGUACAUUAUUGGCCAUAGUUAACUUGAAAGAUAUUGACAGUAAUUGAAUGCAAUCCUUUUCUAAUUAUUAGUGAUGGAAGAAUUAGCAGUGUCCCAGGUCACAUCCCCUUUUUGUUUUGGAUACACUAUAGGUUAUCUGCUGUUUUAUUUAUUUAAGAUAUUUAAUUGCUGUGUUUUGUGCAAAAACUUAGUGAUGACAGCCCUGUAUUUUGUUGUAAUCUUAAUAAUUUCUCAGGAUACUUUGCACUGUUGAGAAGCAGUGCCGUUACAAAUUUAUUCUUGCCAAGAGUGAGAGAGAGUUGCAUCUUUAAUUGAAACAAAGUUACUAUACCUGCUUGUAUGAAGUUCUUCCUUCGGGGUUUUUUGGUUGGUUGGUUGGUUGUUUUUUUGUGUCUCUGUGUGUGUGUGUGUGUGUGUGUGUGUAUAUAUAUUUAUAUGUAUACAAACAUACAUACAUACACACACAAACACACACACAUAUAUAUAAAUUAUUUUAUAUAUAUAUAUAUAUAUAUACACACACACACAUACUGGGAGAUACCAUAUUUCUUUAUGAAGUUUACUCUGGUGUUCUACAAUAUUGUCCAGUGUAAGGUUUACUUUUUCAUGUAAUUACAGUGAGAUACUAUCUUCCGCCUUACUAUAUAUUUUGAAGCCACCCAAUGAUGGCAGGUGAGUUCCCCAAGAAAAAAAAAUUUAAAUGUAAAAUUUUACUUGCUCAAAUAGAAAGAAAUAGCCAGUGAUUUAUUUUCUGGCAUUAUUAAAUAUCAAAUAUAUAUGUUCAAUUAACUGUUAACCUGUUUUGCAGGAGACUUUUUCAUUAUGUCAUAUGAAUUUCAGGCUUUGUGGAUAAUGGCUUAUGGGGAGCACUGUUUGUAACAGACAUCAUUAAGGCAUAGAGCUUUUGCAAGGGAUUACUCAUACAUUGAACUUGUCCAGCCAAGAAGGCUAUUUCUAGAAGAUUUGUUGUCAUAGCAAAUUGAAAUGGAGACGUUUGCUUUUUAAGGGUCUUCAUAUCACAUCUUUAUUGAAGCUACACCAGGCAAUAUUUAGAACUGUUAACUAAAUGUUUUAAAACAGGAAAUUGAAUUCAAUUAUCCUCAGUGAGCAGGUUUUAAAGUUGUUUUGAUGUAAUUUUAACAGACUUUUGGCAAACACACAUUUCUUUAUAUAAUAGAUUUAUUUUAAAAAAAUCUCUUUUAAAGGUAAGCCAGGUGUCACGUGUCUUGCGUCAGAGUACAUUCUUGCCAUAAAUUUCUUGUAAUGUUGAAGAGGGCUUUUUAAAAAUAGAUGAAUGAGUGUCGGACUUCAGAGUCGAAAGAUGCACUGACCUUUGUUUGCUCCCCAAAUUAAUUUGAAUGUUAAACAUGAAAUUUAGCUGCUUGUUAAAUUUGUAUAAUACAAUUUUCUCCACUUAGAGACUGCUGUUCAAAACUAGAAAUGAUAGGUUUGCUUUUAUGUGUGUACUGUAUGUAUAUACCAUAUAAUACACACAGGUUCUCAUUUAUAUUAGAA